GCCGUGACGUCACUCACUUGCUUGAUGCAUUGAAACACUUCAAAUUAGUGUUGCUUUGAUGACAUUGCGAUGAGAAAUUAACUUGGUCGAAGCUCCAAUCAAUCGCUGAAACCACGAGUACACUUAACGUCUGUGUGUACGGGACCAAAAAGCAACGUAAACGUCGACGAAUGAGGGCUAAAGCUAGCGUCAAUUAGCAUCGUUAGCUCGUGGAAUGGAAAGCCGCAGAUGUCUGGAAGGUUUCAUUUCUUUUCAAACUCUUGUUUCCAAAUCACAACUAUUCCAACCAUUUCACACUUGACAUCUGAAGCUAAUUAACACACGGUUGAAUGUUAAGUUUGAAGUACCACCAUCAGAGCGACUAAUCAAAUCAAUGCUUUCUUGUUCAUGCAGUAUAAUAUUUGUGGCUACGAAAUAUUGUUAUUCACUGCAGCGGCGUUUUGGACGAUGUGCUGUGACGGUUGUGUGUGUCCAGAGUGUUUUUUGGCCAAAGUGAGCGUGGCGGUUGCGAUGUCGGUGAUCAGGCGGAGACCGGCGGGCGCCAGCGUCGGCCGGUACGUUCAGACUUUAGCGGCGAGGCUGAGGGAAGGCGAGCAGACGUGGAGGAGCAAAGCGGAGCUGCUGCAGCAGGAGGUGCUCGGGCUUCGACAGGCCCUGCUCGUCGCCACGGCAACGGAAAGCACAGGUACCGAUGUGACCACGGAGAGUGACUCGGACACUCCGGAACUCCUUCAGCUUGUUCCGGCCCAGCAGCAGCUUCCCUCCAAUCAGCAGCAAGCUGCCCAGCGGAGGGCGGGGCUUCGUCAUGAGCACUUCUUGCACUCUUUCUGCGCCUUCCAGCGAGCCGACCCGCCGUGGCUCGGGCCGGGCAGGGACACAGACACGGCCGAAGUCUCGGCGGACGCGCCGUGCCGGCUCCUGGAUACCUUGGUGGCUACGUUUCGGGAACGCUCGCUUGUCGGGGGAGCGGGCCAACUCGCCCUGAAGGCGUGCCAAGCGUCCGCCCGCGCCAUGGACCUGUUCACCUCGCGAGGUGCGCCCUCCGCCCGCCUGACAACGCAGCUCCAGGCCUCCCUGAGGGAGCUCACCGCCAUCUUGCUACACGCCAGCCAGCACCCGGGCCUAACUCACUGGCGCAGACACCGCACCGACUCAGGAGAGCAAAAUAUUGCUUGCGCUGUCAACCGUGUCUUCGGGUCAGUGAGAUAUACCCUUCCUCUCUUAGAACUGAUGACGACGAUGACAAAGAUUGGCAAUGUGCCAAGUGGCCACCAUCUUUGUGGAAUUCAAACGCCUCUGAAAUCCUCCACAACAGAUAAAUUCCCGAUCGAUGACUGAUGUACACUAGCUCUUCUCACCAGUACUGUUCCACUUGCACUUUUAGGGCAAGUGAGGCCGUUGGUAACGUCACAUUCAUUUUGAUGGAACCACCUGGAGAAGCCCUUCCUCGCAAUUUCGGCCCGUACGAGCUUAUUGGUGGAUAUUUUGCACUGAAACUUGUCAGCCAAUCAGAGAAGGACUUCCCUGAGUAGCAGGCCGAAAAAAGGGUCCAGGAAAUAGGUUGAGAAAGAAUGAAGUUGCACCGUUCAAUUAUUUUCCACACAAAAAAUAGAACCCAUCAUCUGACUUUCAAAAUGCCAAUGCAGCCAGCAUAUUGACUGGUUGUCAAUUUGGGCAAUCUUGUCAGAUUGCGGCGUCGCGAAAGACGAAGGGUUGUGAACGCAGUUGCUGCGUUUGCAAUCAUUCACUCAUUCCUUCCUACUAAUGACCCGAGCCGUAGUUUGGACACCCCUGAUCUCGGUGGUCAAGAAGUUGAAGUGGCCAAUCCAGACACUCAGGAUUUUGGGCAAUGUUGUCAC